AUGACAGACAUGAAAGACGGUGCUUUCAAGCACGAUGCCACCGUGCCCCCACCCAGCAACCGUGUGCUGCCCCUGUUCUCCCUCAAGGGCAAGACGGCCAUCGUUUCUGGUGCCGGCGCCGGUAUUGGCCUGCAAAUCGCCCACGCAUACGCCGAAGCUGGUGCCAACGUUGCCAUUUGGUACAACAGCAACAAGGCGGCCCUUGAACGCGCCGCCGAGAUCGAGAAGGAGUAUGGUGUCAAGUGCAAGGCGUACCAGGUCAACGUGACCUCUCACCAAGCGAUCAAAGAGUCUGUCCAGCAGAUCGUGGCCGAAUUCAACGGCCGCCUCGACAUAUUCGUUGCCAACUCGGGCAUUGCGUGGGAGGAGGGCCCCUUGAUUGACGGUCCCAUGGAUGUCGCCGACAGAGUCUUGGCCGUCAAUGUCAACGGCCCCAUCUACUGCGCCCAGGUUGCCGGCGAGCACUUCCGUCGGCAGAAGAAGGAGGGCACCACGCUCGACGGUCAGAAGCUCGAGGGCUUCACCUACGGUAGCUUCAUUGCAACCGCCAGCAUGAGUGGUCAUAUCGUCAACGUGCCGCAGAUGCAGACGGUGUACAACGCGUCCAAGGCGGCCGUCAUCCACAUGUGCAAGAGUUUGGCCGUCGAAUGGGUUGGUUUCGCCCGCGUCAACUCCAUCUCGCCCGGCUACAUCAAGACGGAGAUUUCUGCUUUCGCUGGGGCCGAGACCAAGAAGCAGUGGAAGAACAAGACCCCCAUGGGACGCGAGGGUGAAGCUGGCGAGCUCAAGGGCGCGUAUCUGUAUCUCGCCUCGGACGCCGCUUCUUACACCACCGGUUGCGAUAUUGUCAUCGACGGAGGCUACUGCUUGCCAUGA